GGCACAAAACAGAGCUGAGCUAAGCUAAACAAAUAAAUAAACGCAAACCGACGUCUCCACGACUCAAAGACUCCACGACAACGAGGCGCGAUGGAUCCCACCAUUUCCGUGUCCAAGGGUUGUUUUGUCUACAAAAAUGGCGCUACUCGAGCCGGCAAAAAGGCGGCCGGAAAGCGGAAGCGUCCCGCUCCGGGAUCCAGUAGCCUUCUAGGUCAGGAGGUCGUCCAGCAGCCCUUCUACGCGGAAUACCGCAGGGCCUGGAACCAGGUAAACGAUCACAUUGCCGACCUGCAACACCGCAGCUACGCCCGCACCCUGGAGCAUCUGGUGGACUUUGUGGUUGGCCAGGGACAGCGGGCAAGCCAGGACGAGGUCCUGCCCACCGCCGCCUUGCUGACGGGCAUCAAUCAGCCGGAUCACCUCAGUCAGUUCACGGCACUCACCCAGCGACUCCAUGCUCAGAAGGCUGCGAGAGUCUGCGUGCUGCAGUCGAGGGAUUGCGCCACCCUGAAGGCCGCCGUGGAAUCUUUGGUCUUCGGACUCGUCGAAGAUGAUGCGGGUGAAGAGGACAUCGAUGAUGACGAGGAGGAGGAGGUGGCGGAUAGGGAUCGCAAGCGACUGCGUCGCUCACAGUGCACCAUGAAGCAGCUUAAGUCCUGGUAUGCCAACAAUUUCCACUCGGAGCGAAAGCCCCAGCUGGUCAUCAUCCUACCCGACUUCGAGUGCUUCGCUGCCAGCGUGCUGCAGGACCUCAUCCUAAUCCUGAGCGCCCACUGCGGCACCCUGCCAUUCGUCCUGGUUUUGGGAGUGGCGACCGCCAUGACAGCCGUUCAUGGCACACUGCCCUACCAUGUCAGCAGCAAGAUCCGUUUACGGGUUUUUCAGACGCAGGCCGCCCCAACGGGUCUAAACGAGGUUCUGGAAAGAGUUUUGCUGUCGCCCAAGUACGCUUUCCACCUUUCGGGAAAGACCUUUAAGUUCCUGACCCACAUAUUCCUGUAUUACGAUUUCUCCAUCCACGGUUUCAUUCAGGGCUUCAAGUAUUGCCUGAUGGAGCACUUCUUUGGUGGAAAUGCGUUUGCACUUUGCACGGACUACAGUAAGGCCUUGGGACGCAUUAAGCAGUUGACCCACGAUGACAUGGAGACCAUCCGAAGGUUGCCCUCGUUUCGACCUUAUGUCGAGCAGAUAAAUGACUGCAAGCGCAUCAUAGCCGUUCUUACCGACGACGACUACCUGAAGAAAAAACUGCCGCAGCUGCUGCGCGACUGCCUGCUCCACUUCUUGCUCUUCCGCAGCUCACUUGAGUUUCUCACAGAGCUGGUCGGCGAUCUGCCGCGUUGUCCGCUGGGAAAGCUGCGUCGGGAGCUAUAUGUCAACUGCCUAAACAAGGCGGUCAUCACCUCGCCUGAGUACAAAGAGUGUGUACAGAUGCUGAGCUUUUUGUCCAAGGACGAAUUUGUCUCCAAGGUGAGUCGCUGCCUAGAAAGAACCGAGCAGUUUCUGACUGACGAGAUUGCUGCUCUGGAACUUGGCGAAGCCUGCAGGGCUGUGCUGCGACCUCAGCUGGAAUCAAUCCGCAAGUCAGUCGAUGAUGUGGUUAAGGCCACCAUGUCGACCACAACGACAUCACCCAUCGAAGGACGUCCGACCCCCGAUCAUCUGACUCAGGUGGGCUCGCGUCAGGAACUCAAGGAGCAGCUAUUGCAACGCAGCAAGGAGGACAAGAACCGGCUUCAGCAGAACACUUGCACCACUCACUUCGCUCGGGCCCUGCAAAAGACUCUGCAGCUUAUCGGGACGCACCUCAUCCAGGGUCAUCUCCGCCCGCUGCAGGAUGCACCCCCGAUCCACGAGCUGUUCGUGUUCAGUGACAUUGCCACCGUGCGCAGAAACAUAAUCGGUGCUCCGCGGGCGGCACUGCACACGGCCCUCAACAAUCCGCACUUCUACAUGCAGUGCAAAUGCUGCGAGCUCCAGGAUCAGUCGCAGCUGGUCGGCACCCUGCCCGAUCUUUCCGUGGUUUACAAGCUGCACCUGGAGUGUGGGAGGAUGAUAAACCUAUUCGAUUGGCUGCAGGCCUUCCGAUCUGUGGUGAGUGGCAGCGACAACGAGGAGGGCAAUCAAGAGCAAAUCGAUCCACAGAUCCAAGCCCGUUUCACACGCGCCGUAGCCGAGUUGCAGUUUCUGGGGUACAUCAAGAUGUCCAAGCGCAAGACGGAUCAUGCCACCCGAUUAACCUGGUAGUUUGGGAUAUGAAGAACCAAAAUCCUUUAGCAAAUGUUAUUUUUCUAUUUAUUUAUAUUGGGGAAAAUUUCAUAUGUGGGACGUAAUAAAUUAAAAAAAACCAUCUUUGAGACAUAUAAUCUGUUCGAAAUGCA